AUGCUGAGCCGACUCGCUUGUUCAUUCACUGGAUGUCCUGAAACCUUCAAAUCUCAACGUGGCCGGAUGAAACACAUUUGCACCUAUCAUGGUUCUGUUGACACCAUCCCGAAUCCAACUUCUGCUGACUCAAACCCUCAUUCUGACUCGGACCCCCAAGAUUUCAAUUUCAAUUUUGACCGUGACCUCAUCAAUGAUGACUAUUUCAAUGAUCACAGCCCUCAGCCUGAAGGUCACUCCAAUCGACAUCAAUCACAGUACAUACCUCACCCACAUCUCUGUGGUAAAUGUAAAGUUGAACACUCUCUAGGUGACCCUUGCGACCUUGAAGGCAACCCUCUUCCUCCAAAUGCCCCCAAGCCUGCGCGCUAUGAGAUGUCUGCCCCCAACAUUGAUUUUCUGAUGGAGUUGUGGGCAUUCAAAGCAGCCAAGUAUGAAGAGGACAGCCCAUUUAAAUCUCACUGUGAUGUAUAUGCCACAAUCGAUGUGAUCCGUGCGGGUGAUGUGCCUUGGGAAUGUUUCUCUGUAACACCACAACAUGACCUUGAUGAGUCGGACGUGCCCCAGUGGCAACAGACUGAAUAUCAAGUAUGGUAUCGAGAUCCUGACGCUGUCAUACAGGCCAUGCUGGCGAACCCUGACUUUGCUGGGCAGUUUGAUUAUGCCCCAUAUGUUCAUUAUGACCAGUCGGGGAAGCGUCAUUGGAAGGACUUCAUGUCUGGCAACUACACGUGGCACAAGUCCAUGAAUGGAUCCAUGUACGUUGGAGUCAUCCUUGGAAGUGACAAAACAACAGUAUCUGUUGCCACUGGUCAUGUCAAGUAUCAUCCGUUGUAUUUGUCAAUCGGAAAUCCACAUAAUUGCAUCAGGCGAGCUCACCGUAAUGCGGUCACUCCAAUUGGGUUUCUUGCCAUUCCAAAGGCUGAUCGCAAAUAUGAUAAUGACGCUCAAUUUCGAACCUUCAAGCGCCAGCUUUAUCAUUCAUCCCUGGUGGCCAUCCUCAAGUCACUUGAAGUCAUCUAUGACUUGGCGGCUUUUAUUGCGGACUAUCCUGAACAAGUGAUGCUUGUGGGUAUUGUGCAAAAUUGGUGUGUGAAGUGCACUGCACUGCCUGAGGAUCUUGAUGGGAGCACUGCUGAGCAUCGGUCUCAAGAAUAUACUGAUGUGCUGGUUGAAACUUUCAAUUCGGAUGUGUUGUGGGAUCAGUAUGGGAUAGAUGAUGAUAUUGUACCCUUUACAAACAAUUUUCCACGUGCGGACAUCCAUGAAAUGCUGUCACCAGACCUCCUUCAUCAAGUUAUCAAGGGAUGCUUCAAGGAUCAUCUGGUGACUUGGACUGGUGAGUAUCUGAAGGAAGUCCAUGGUGAGGCAUGUGCCAAUGAGAUCAUCGAUGAUAUAGAUCACCGAAUUGCUGCUACACCAGCUUUCCCUGGCCUGCAAAGGUUUCCUGAGGGUCGCCGCUUUAAACAAUGGACUGGGGACAACUCAAAGGCAUUAAUGAAGGUAUACAUCCCUGCAAUUGUAGAAUAUGUUCCUCCCCAGCUUGUUGAGUGCCUCAGCGCAUUCCUCAAUUUUUGCUACCUUGUACGACAGUCCGAACUUGGAGAAGACUCCUUGGCGGAAAUCAAACAGGCACUACACAAUUUUCAUGAGGCCCACGAGAUUUUUCGUGACUCUGGGGUCCGGCCAAAGGGUUUUGCGCUGCCACGUCAGCAUUCAAUGGUACACUAUAUCCGUCUGAUUCAAGAAUUUGGCGCUCCAAAUGGCCUAUGCUCAUCAAUCACCGAGUCUUGCCACAUCACAGCAGUCAAGAAGCCAUGGUGUCGAUCGAAUCAGUAUGAUGCACUUGGCCAGAUGCUGCUCACAAACCAGUGGCUGGACAAGCUCACAGCCGCACAUGUUGACUUUGUGGCACAAGGACUUCUGCCAGCCUCACAUGCGCCCCCACCCAGGCGUGGCCUUGACUUUGUGGAUGAGGGUAUUGAUAAUGAUGCACCAGACAUCGAAAGAGUCCAAGGAUCGGUUGUUUUGGCACGCACACCUCAACGUGGCUAUCCUCGGACACUCGAGACACUCGCAGUGCAUCUCCAGCAGCCCAACCUUCCCUUACUUGCUCGCGAGUUCCUUUACAGCCAAUUGAACCCUGGCGCAGCUCAGAUUGACUGGAAUCACUUACCACAGAUCGACAGUCCAAUUGCUGUGUUCCAUUCUGCUGUGGCUACUUUCUCGGCACCUAGCGAUAUCUCCAGGACCCAUGGCAUGCAUUGUGAGUUGAUUCGUUGCACUCCAUUGUGGCGUCGGAAGCAUCCACGUCAUGAUUGUGUCUUUGUGGUUGAAGACCAGGAAAAGGCUGGAAUGAGGGGCAUGAUCAUUGGGCGGGUCAAGCUAUUUUUUUCAUUUGCUUUCAAGGGUGUGACAUACCCUUGUGCAUUGAUUGACAGGUUUUCACAGAUGGGGAGAGGCCCAGAUUCAAUGAUGGGCAUGUGGAAGGUGAAGCCCGAGGUUUCUGGGCAGCAUGGGACUCGUGUUCAGUCCAUUGAGCAUGUUGACACAAUCCUUCGAAGUGCUCAUCUCAUCCCCGUCUUUGGCAGCGGUCCCCUCCCUGAUGGUUUUCAUUUUUCUUAUUCUCUUGAUGUGUUUAAUUCUUACUAUGUAAAUAAGUAUGCAGAUCAUCAUGCACAUGAAAUUGUGUUCUGA